GAGGCCGGCGCGCGCGCGCGCGCGUCGGCGACGCACCAACGGCCCCGCUCCCGAUUGGCUGGAAGGUUUUUGGAGCGCAUGCGCGAAGCGGAGUAACGGCUCCGAGCGAAGCGAGCGGAGGUGUUUGAAGUGGGGGCGCUGAGGCGCUAAUUUGGGGAACUCGAUGUAGGCGGGGUUUUUUUGGGCGGCGGCGGCGGCGAGGGGGAGAAGGUACGAGGACUGAGGAGAACUUUUGGGAAGCGUAGCGUCUUGAAAUAGCUGUUGGCUUUUAACGUCACUAGGGUGACGUCACUAGUGGGGAGGUGUCUACGUGAGGCCCCGUGACGUCACCAGCCAAGAGGCUAGGCGUGUGAUGCCAGGCGUGGGAAACGCAGACCAGUGGCACAGGCAACCUAGUUCAGUUGCUGCAGAAGUUUAUUUGACAGGUUUGAUUUGGUUUCUUAAAAAAACAAAUUUUUAUUAGAAUUUCCACAUUGAUAACAAAAACCACAAAGCAGAGUGGUACCCAAAAACAGAAAAAGAAAAAAAAAAGAGAGAAAAAAGAACAAUAAACAGAUAAACAAUAACAACAAACUUAAUUCUUCACAAAUCCAACCUUUUAAGCAUCUUAGUUGACUUCCUCAAGUCCCUCCCUUCUGAGUUUCCUUGUAGUAACAGCUUUCCAAUAUCAUUGUUAAACGAGUCCAUCUUAUUCACUUUUCUUAACAUUCUAAAUCCCAUUUAUUUAAUUAUAACUUAAUUUAAUCCUAGGCCUAUUUGUUUUCUUUCAAGUAAUUUCUAAUUUUUUAUGUUUGACAGGUUUCAUUUGUUAUUAAACAGACAACAGAGUUUAUGCCAGAUGUAACAGAUUGAAACAGGCAUUGAGAAUGUGGUAUUGGAGUCUCCCAAGCUGGUUGUAAUGAGCGGUUUAAUAUCCUGGGCAAGGCCACCCUAUUGGGAGGACUUCCAGGCCUCCAUGACAACCAUGGGGUUACCUGCAAGCGAUCAUUUUCAGAACACUACAGCAAGGCACCAAGGAGGGUAAAUGACGAAGUACAGGACCUGAUUGUUAAAGCCCCCAAAGCCAGGCCCCCAUGAAGAAUCCAGAGAUUGUGUUGUGUAUUAUUUUAUAUACAUUCAUAGACACGGAAGAGCAGCCGUACAUAGCGGAAUACAGUGGUACCUCGGGUUAAGUACUUAAUUCGUUCCGGAGGUCCGUUCCUAACCUGAAACUGUUCUUAACCUGAAGAACCACUUUAGCUAAUGGGGCCUCCUGCUGCUGCCACGCUGCCAGAGCACAAUUUCUGUUCUCAUCCUGAAGCAAAGUUCUUAACCUGAAGCACUAUUUCUGGGUUAGCGGAGUCUGUAACCUGAAGCGUAUGUAACCUGAAGCAUAUGUAACCUGAGGUACCACUGUACGUGGAAGCAAUGAUGUCCAUUUCAUGGGGUGGCAUGCCCACCUGCCAAGCUUCUAAAGACUGGGCAAGUCAAGCCCAAUCUUGUGAAACUCAUACCUUGUGAAACCUGAAUGUGCAGAUGUUCACCAUAUCCUAAUGGAUGCAUCUGCUCCCAGUGCUGAGUGUUUCUGGGACCUGGGUGACCCGGCUGUGCCUUUGCUUUCUGACUCUGGUUCCUCCACUCUCAGAAUCUGGCGAGGGCAUCAGCCAACUACUAUUUCCACACUUCUCCACCCAGCAGGGAAGAGUGGAGGUGAAAGUCCUGCUUCCCCCAUCCAGAGCAGCUCUGGGAGAGGGAUGUGCCUACCCUUGCCUUUGCUCCCUGGUCUCAGGCCUCCCUCUCCCACCAUCCUUUUCUCCUUAUGUGUCUUAGUCUGCCACUCUACUCCUGAGCCCAUCCCCACUCUGGGACUCGUGACAUGUUAUGAGAGAUAAUUUUAAGCAGUUCUAUCAUGUUGCCUCUUACUUGUUUCCUCCAGACUGAACCCCCCAAUGUUGAACCCUAUCCUCACAGGGGAGUUGCUCCACCCCCUUGAUCAUCUUGGUAGUUCUUUUCUGAACUUUUUUCAAUCUCUACCAUAAGCUUUUUGAAGUGAGGUGAUCUGGAACAUGUUAUCUUGACUUUUAGAAGACAUCUGAAGGCAGCCCUCUUUAGGGAAUUUUUUAAUGACUGUUUUAAUGUAUUUUUAAUCUUUGUUGGAAGCCAUCCAGAGUGGUGGGGGUAACCCAGAUGGAUGGGUGGUGUAUUAAUAAUAAUAAUAAUUAAUAAUAAUAAUUCCAAAUGCCAUUGCCCCAUAGAUUUGUAUACCAACAUUAUUAGAAAGUCAGUUUCAUUUUUAAUUUAUUUUCUAUUGGUCUCAAGAUUAGAAUUUGCCCUUUUCACAGCUGCUGCACACAGGGUCACCAUCUUUAUCAAGCUAUCAGUCCUUGGUCAGACACUGCCAGUUCAGACCCCGUGAAGGUAUAAGUAAAAUGAAGAAUUUUUUUUUGUUCAUCACUUCAGACUUGUUUACACUGAAUUGCAUUUGCCAUUUUACCACCCAUUCCUACAGUUCAUAUAGGUUCUUUUGGAGCUCUUCACUUUUUGUUUUAACUGCUCUGAACAAUUUAGUAUUAUCAGCAAACUUGGCCCCUAACCUUUCACCCUAAUUUGCAAUCAUUUAUGAACAAAUUAAAAAGCACAGGUCCCACUACCAAUCCUUGGGGGACUCCAUUCUACAUCCUUCCAAUGGGAGAACUGUCCAUUAAUUCGUCCUUUGAUUCCUGUUAAUCAGCUCCUUAUCCACAAAAGGAGAAGGCCAGUUGUGUUGUUUAUUGUUUCUAUUUACUUGGCAAUUUUUAAGUCUUUGGAAACUGCCCUGAGCACAGUUUCGAGAGUGGAAAGGUUGGCAUUCACCUAUCUCAGGAGACAAAGGUGUGUGCCUGUUACUACACACAAGAGGUUAAGGCAAAAACCAGCCAAGCGAAAAGGGCCAUGUGACAUGUUUCUUCCUUUGUGGAAUCCUAGAGGAAGGCUAACAGCCCAGAACCGACUGGUUUUGCCUUCUGUGCAGCACUUGCCAGUAUGUUCCUCUGGGGUGAAUAGCAGCUAUUCACUAACACAGGAGAAAGCAAAGGUGUGUAUUCAAAGGACAGGAUUCACGUAAGACUUCAAUAUCCUUUUUUGACUCCUUUGAAGCUUACCAUGAAAUAUCAAGCCAGUCCCUCUGUGGAAAGCCCCCUCUUAGGUUAGAUAGAAUAUUGGGAAGAGGCUUGCUUAUUUAGAACACCUGCAUAAAAGGGUUAAUUAAAAAGGUAGGGGAUUGUUGUUGUUGUUUUGGCAGGUUCCUUUGCAAGGAGCAUCUGUGAUGUGGCAACUUUUCGCAGCUACCUUGUCCCUUGUUUUCCUGUGCAUGAAACAUCUAUUUGCAUCAGAUUGCAAAUGGAUAGCUGUAGUCAACGAUUUUGCUGACCUUGGGAGCGACCGAAAGAUUUUCUUUACCCAGCGGGAAAUUAAAAGGGUGGCUGAGAUCUUCAAGGAACUCACAGACUCAGCUAUAGACCCUGAUGACAAAAAUGCAGUGAGUACAGCAUGCCUGGGUGUGGGAGAGGAGAUCUUCCUUUCCUUCCAUGACUAGCAAGGGCUCUUUGGGUUCCAUGGCUCUUGAGCUGGAGCUGUUAGGAGGGUGGGCAAGAGGUCACUUAGAGAGCCCCUAGAACCAAGGGCUGAAGGGAAAUCAGACAAACAGCAGUCACACAUAUCCUCAAAAGUCUAGGCUUAACAGAAGAGGCCAGGGCUGAUUGCAUCCCAGGCAAAGGCCAAGCCUGACUUGGAAGCUUUUAUAAUGGAGGGAACCAAUGGGCUGCCUUUGUGGGUAGCGUCAACCUAGAGUUUAGGGGGAGAUCCCAGUUGUGAGACCCUCUCAAACUGCAGACCUGACCAGCUCACCACAGCAGUGUAUAAAUCUGGAGCUUCUGCUUUCAUCCUUGGAGAUUCCUGACAGGCACAAGUGCUUGAAUCCCUUACGGUCUCAGUUACUUUGGUUUAUUUUAUUAAAUCAACUGUUUUAUUCAGGGCUGCUGUUGGCUUUACUGGUAUACUAGUCAGCCAGAACUUUCAGCUUAUUACUCUUCAAGUGAAAAGAGCUAUUGAAAUAUCGUAACGGUCUCUUUUUACAGAAAUACCUGGGAUUUCCAUACUACCUGAAAAUUAAUCUGAGCUGCACACUUCAGGUAAGAGAAGAGCCACAUGCUUUGUGAGGGCAAGGGAUACUUACACAUUGUAAUUGAAGGGGAACUUUCCCUUGCUCCCCUGUUGCUUCAGCAGUGGACAGAUUUGCACUAUGGACAUAAACUUGUUUUAAGCCACUGCUUUAAAGUGGCAUUGCUGUUUCAUCUGUUGCUGAGAUGCAUGAUAAUCUUGUGAGGGUUGGGUUUUUUUGGGGGGGGGAGGUGAGGUCAGCCUGCCUGAUGCCCAUGUCCUUUGUAAUUCCUGGGGUCCUGGUUCCACCAAGGAUUAAAAUCGAAUGGAGGAUUCCAUUGCUGAAUUAGCCAGACAAGGCUCAUAGUUGCCAACUCGGUAUGGUCCUUUGUAUAACAAAGGAAGCUGCUCUGUGCCAGAGGACAAAUGGAUGGGCUCCCCUCUCUUAUUUGGCUGCCAGUAAGACAGACAAAAGCCAGGAUAGUUGUGUGAGGGAGAGAGCUGGGCUAGAAGCAGGCUGCUGGCAUAAGCCAGGGAGUCAGAGCCAUUCUUGAUUUCUGCUGGAAUCCAAGGCUGUGUCUAUGGGAGAAACAAGACCACUUGGGGUGUUAAUGCUGCGAGCCCCUCCAUUGUAGGUUUAGGUUGCAUAUGUGUGUAAAUAAACCACAUGUCAUAAAGAAACCACGGUCUCCGCUGUCUCUUAUUCCAAGGAAACCAAACCCUGGGUAAGUGACUGGAUUGGAAAAGAAAAGAAAAAGGGCUUCUUAUUCUGUGUCUUGUCAGUUACAUAAAAAGAAUUAUUCGAACAUUCCCUCCAUAAUAACAAUCCACUAUUCUUUCUUCAUUUUUCCAGUCCCUUGUUCCAUUUCAUUCAUUUCUGGCUUAAUUUUAUUCCUCAUUUCAAACGCUUUUGGGUUAUAAACUAUUCUUUUCCAAACUAAGAAAAUCUCCUGGAAACCUUGUUGCUGAGGUAGCCCAACGGGCGAAACAAGGGUGUAUCCUGAGAACUGGUCUAUCAUGAGCUGCCUUAUUGUUACUAAGUAGUUCUGUUUGUUACACUCUCAAGACAUAGGACUAUGCAGAAGGAAGAUAUCAGUAUGAAAUGGCAUUGCCAACAGGAACUAUAUUGUAAUCGUUGGACUUGACAAUCUUUGGACUUGACUAUCCUUGGACUUUACGACAAUAAAAACAUAUAGAAGGUUAAUAGUAAUAUGAUAUGUUAUUGCGGGAUAACAUAUCACUGCGGGAGGCAGUGGAAGACAGGAGUGCCUGGCGCGCUCUGGUCCAUGGGGUCACGAAGAGUUGGACACGACUAAACGCCUAAACAACAACAACAUGUUAUUGCCAUCAGGAGCUGUGCUUUGCAUUUUUUUUGAUAUGACAAUUACAGUUUUGGUAUAUAUAAUGUUAUGUUGCUUUACAGCCAGUUACGUGUGUGUUGUGGUAUUCUGAACAUGAUUUACGUAAUGAGGCAAUUGUGUGUGUUGACUGUAUCAUCAAACACCGACAAAAUCUGGCAUCUUCUCUCCCCUGUAAGUCGCAACACUAAUGUAAUAGUUGGAUUGAGUCAGCACAGGCAAGUGACACUAGAGUAAUUUUGUGACAAGGGCUCUGGGUCAACAAACUUCUUUCCUCCUUCCAGAACCCAGAAUGGGCUAUUCGGACAGGCCACUACACUGGACUGAGGCCGAUUGUGACUGUCACUUUUUCAGAACCCGUCCACCCUGUGCGUCAGAAACAGGAGCAGCUGCAGAUUGAAAUGAGGGCUGCUCCGUAUAGGGAUAAAGGUAUUUCAGCAUGUCAUCCCCAAGAGGCAGUGCGGAAGCAGGAAGCACAAAAGGAAGUAUCUCAUGAAAGAGAAGCUUCCUUUUGAGGAGCUUUGCUCCCUUUGGAAUUUUUCAGCUUCAGAAAGCAAAUUUUGGAUGCCACUAAUGGCCACAAAUAACCAGACAGACAGAUUGGACCCAGUUUGGCCCAAUUCACUUGUAAAUUCUCUAAGCUUGCAUUGGGGAACCUCUUCAUACAUUGCAUUGUAGUUUAAUUGGCAGAAGGGAAGGCAGCAGUUGGAUUUUCUGCCUUGGAUGAUAAUAGCUCAUUUCCCGUUGCCUCCAAAUGUCUCUCUCUCUCUCUCUCUCUCUCUCUCUGUGUGUGUGUGUGUGUGUAUUGGCAGAAGUCAGAACAAGAAUCACAUCCAAACACCUAACUUAAAUAGCAGAUAAUAUUUUGUCUCACUCUUCCGCCAACAUGUGUAUGAUCCUGCCUCUAGCACUGGGUUGAGCAGGCAUUUACAGGGAUGUAGCCUCUUCCCACUUCUAGUCCUCCCUCUGUUUAGGCUUUUGGAGGGGAUUCCUGCUCUGCCACAGAGCCUCUUGGGCCUGCCGAUCAGAAGGUCGGUGGUUCAAAUCCGCACAACGGGGUGAGCUCCCGUUGCUAACCUACCAGUACAUACCACUGCAUACCACUACAAGUAGAGAAAUAGGUACCGCUGUGGCAGGAAGGAAAAUGGUGUUUCCGUGUGCUCUGGCUUCCGUCAUGUUCCUCCGUGCACCAGUAGUUUAGUCAUGCUGGCCACAUGACCCAGAAAGCUGUCUGUGGACAAAUGCCGGCUCCCUCAGUCUGAAGUGAGGUGAGCGCCACAUUCCAUAGUUGCCUUUGACUGGACUUAACCGUCCAGGGGUCCUUUACCGUUUGACCUUUCCAUGCCUUCUCUGCCUCCAGCAAAUUGCGACAGUGAGGAAGUUUGCCUAAUGUGCUGGUUCACGCCGAUGCCUUUCUUGAACGGCACUGUUGUGUUGGAUGUGUUGGUGGAGAGCAACGGCAUCGGUCUCCCUGUGAAAAGCAGAAGGUGAGGGAUACGUUUCUAGUUUGUAGACCCAGCAAGAACAUUUUCACGCAUGCCAGUAUCUUGCUUGUGCCAUAUUUUGAAUGAAACCUAAAACAAAGCAAAACCUGAAACUGUCAGUCUAUUACAGAAAGAGAACUGGCAGCAAAGCUCUCUUGAUCAGCUCAGCAGAACUAGAACCAUCUUCCACCAGUGACAGUUCCACCUGGCUGUGUCUAUGGGCCAAGGGGACACAGCGAGGCCUGUUCCAUCCUCCUGGCUGGCGCCGACUGCGGUGUGGCUCCUCCCCUCCCAGAACUGUUUCCUGGACUGACAGUUCCAUUUGGCCAUUAUGUAACAAUUACAUGAAUGUGUUGGUAAUUGAACUGGCUAGUUUCCCCCUCCCCCCUCCCUCCCUUUUGUAUCAAGUCUCUCUGACAGCAAACCAUUACGGUAUUUUGAAUGGAAUUGACAGCUUUUAAGAAAAAGUAUAAAUGUAGCAAAAGAAAACACAUAUAUUCUUUUUCUCCUUAUGUAUAGGUUUGCCAUAAAUAUCAAUGGCUAUGUGGGAAUUGUUCAAAAUGAGGUGAAGAUCAAGAUUGGAGAAAAGGUAAAAUGCUGGGGUUGGUAGCGAUCUCAAGUGGCCUUACAGCCUGCUAACCACUGCUACUUGCAGUCUGCAGAUGUGGUUGCAUUUGCCUGUGGGGGUUAAACAGAGUUUUAGGAUCCCAUCUUUGGUAGCAGAAAAGCAUAGGAAUUAGGCAGCAAAGUCUCCUUUUGAGCAAGUCCAGCUAUGAAGUAAGCUGGCUUCCUCUUCCUUACCCUGCUAAACAAAGAAUCGGGCAACAACUUGCAAAGUAAGUUUGAAAAUUAGAUUUACUUACUUUAUAAUCAUGCACUGGGUCUUAGUGACAGUAGCAGUAAAAACUCUGCAGUCUGCUCUUUUCAUCUCUCUGCAUAUUCUUAGAGACUGGGGGGCGAGGCGGGGAGCUGGCUGCAGUGUGUGUAUGUGGGAGAUUCCCUAGAUUCUUCUGCAGCUUCUUGACCCCCCUCCUCUCCAGCCUCUGCUUCAGCCUCAGAGUCUGAACUGUACUCUGGAACAGACUCUUCCUGCUCACUAAACCCUGUUGCCCCUCUAGCCUCCGGCACCUCCUCCCCGCAAUCUUCUUCCUCUGACCACUCAUCAUCGUCCCACCACCCGUCCCCUGGCUCUGAGCCUUCUUCCCCUGGGAGUUCCCCGGCUGGUGCCUCCCACCGCUCCUCUGCAUCCAGCCAGUCCAUGACACUCCCUGCCUCUGCCCUUAUGGGUGGGGCCUGGCACGGUCCCCCUGAAGUUUUACCCUUGGAUUCUGUAGAAGGUAUCUGUUGGUCCCCAGUGGCUUUGGUGUGAUAGACAGACUCUCCUCUCUGGUCCCUUCUUACCAAGCACAGCUAGAUUCUUUGAAGAAUGUCCUGCAACUGAGAGACCCAUCGCGUCCCUUGUGGUACACUUACGGACAAGCCCCCGUGCUCAUCCUUGGCGGCAUUCCCCGGAGCAAGAUUGUCUUCAUGUCGGACUCGAUGUUUUUGGAUUACAUUCCAAUAGAGGUAAAGGGGAAACGAGCCCUCUGCAUAGCACAUCUCUGACAUGGCAUCUGUGUGUUGGCCGGGGUGCGGUGGGGCUGGAACUCCCCCAAUAGUUCACACAUGAGCUUGGUGCCGGCGAGUGAAGUUGUAGCCGUCCAAUGGUGGUGGACUUUGACUUCGGCAGACCACACGUUUUGUGCGUAGUGUGUCCCAGGUUAAGUCCCCAGCAUCUCCAGAUGAAAGCAGCUCAAGAGCUGACACCCUUAAACACAGAGGAUGCCCAUUAUAGCUAACAAAGCACAGCAUUGUGGGAAUUCCCACACAACUCUUAACCUAGUAGGAGCUGAGCCUGUUUCCACCCUUGUCUCUCUUUGUCUCCUUUUCUGCUACAGGUGGGCAUUGACAGCUGCUGGAUUGGCUCCCUCUCAUGCCCACAGGGUACAUUCUCCUCUGCCAUUGUUGAUGCCAUUAGUACAGAGAGCACCCUGUUCAUCCGGCAGAACCAGCUUGUCUAUUACUAUACGGGAAAUUACCCAAUCUUGCAUGUGAACACCUCUGGGUCUGGUACGUGAGCCUGAGAAGCCAAAAGGCACAGUUUUGUAUUGGUUUUAUGCCACUUUAACUGUCAUGCCUUCCGUUACGGAACAGAUGGAAUUCUAUGAGAGCUAUGCUCUUCCGUUUUCCCUGGGGGCAGGGAAUCCUUAGUCACGUUAACUGCCGUCCUGCCCUCAACUUGCACUGGAUAGAAUAUGGACUAACCCCGGGUUGUGGCAGUGCAUCUUCAAGGUGUGCCACUGUGGAGGACCCAUCCCCAUGUAGCACCAUGGUUAUGCCCCAGUAACUGCAUUGGCAGCACAGUCCUGACAAUGGAAGGGGCAAAACAGCACUGACCGCCAAUUAGUUUCUGGGCCCAAUUCAAACUCCUCUCUAUCCUCUUUUCUAUACUAUGCAUAAUUUUACAGUGGUACCUCGCAAGACGAAUGCCUCGCAAGACAAAAAACUCGCUAGACGAAAGGGUUUUUUGUUUUUUGAGCUGCUUCGCAAGACGAUUUUCCCUAUGGGCUUGCUUCGCAAGACGGAAACGUCUUGCAGGUUUGUUUCCUUUUUCUUAACACCGUUAAUACAGUUGCGACUUGACUUCGAGGAGCAACUCAUAGAACGCGGUGUGGUAGCCUUUUUUGAGGUUUUUAAAGACUUUGGUGAUUUUUAAAGCUUUUCCAAAACUUUCCCGACACCGUGCUUCGCAAGACGAAAAAAAUCGCAAGACGACAAAACUCGCGGAACGAAUUAAUUUCGUCUUACGAGGCACCACUGUAUACACCUCUGUCAAUGACAGUCUUAUAGGAAAUCACUAACAUCAUCAUGCGGUAUUAAAAACAGCACAGUGCUGUUAAAAGCCCUUUCCUUAAAAACAGCCAGUUUCCCUAAACCUGCCAGAAUUAAACAGUAUUCACCUGAUGGUGGAAGGUGGCAAGGAGCUAGCCAGUCUAGCCUCUCUAGGAAGGGAGCUCCAAAUUCUGAGAGGUUCUACCAGGAGGGCCCAUUGUUGUUGGCAUCCAUCUGCCUCAGGAGACAGUGGAGUGUGCCCCCAGGAGUGAAUUCAAACCGCUGUAUGAGCAGUACCGAAGUGACCUCCUUGGGGCACAAGCCUGUGUAUGGAGGUCCCGGGCUGCCCAGAUGACAAGAUUCCCUGAGCAAGAUGUUUGGCAGCAGCUUGACUGCAGGAGUUGCCGAAAGGAUGCAUACAAGGCACCAUCCAACCGUCUUAGGGAUUCCACUCCAGAUUUGUGUGGGGUUCAUUCCAUAGCUUUUUCUUCUCCUGAAGAUAUCCCACGAGGCAGUGGAGGUUGAGGAUCAGUGUUUUCCUUCUCCUAGAUGGGCUACCUUCCCAGGUUGAUGAGCCCCAUCUGCCCCUCACUUCCCUCUAUAGCAUGUGCAGAAACCUCCUUUUUGACUGGUUGAGUCCACUUAAUCUGCCAGAGUCUGUCUGCGCAUACAGGGAAGUCCCUAACUCACUGAGGGCUUGAGACCCCUCACCUGGUUUAGCCAGCCUGUUGAAGAUGUUCCCAGGGUGUGACCGCUGUCACAGGUUGACAGCUUCUAGGAGCCACAGGUGAGAGCUGAGUGCAGGGUGGGGACCAAAGCACCCCAGAAGGAGCACGAUGUGUCUCCCACCAGAGGUACUGUCCCUCUCCUAACACCCCAUAAUGCCCCCCCUCAUAACACUGUAAUCUGACAAACCAUCUGGCAAACAAUGCUCCUAUGCCUUUGUAAGGUGCUUAGAGUAACUGAUCGGGACCAUCUCUCUCUGGAAUGCGCUACCACAAGAUGUUGUCAUGGACUGUCAUAAAGGGUAUAGAUAACUUCAUGGAGGAUAGCACUGCCUGUGACCACUAGUCGCGAUACAUGACCCCAGAAUGAGAGGUAGGAUACCUUUGGAUACUAGUCGCCGGGGAACAAAAGGCACAGAAAGAUAUUUAACUCAUGCCCUGCUUGUGGGUUUCCCAGGGGCAUCUGGUUGCAGGAUCCUGGGCUAGGUGGGGGCUGAUCCAGCUGCCAGGCUCUUCACAUGUUCUCUUCUAUUUCUUUAGAGCUCUGGACACGCAUAUUGAACCAUGUCUGCGUGAGAACCUUGAACCCAGUCUUUUUCCCAAUGAAUGGCUCUGAAUUUGUGAUUGCCCUUGGUGGCGGCUGGCAGGAAGGAGAAUUCUUUCUUAUCACGGUUAGAGGUAUUUAUCUUGCCCCACGUAGGACUAUAGGACAGAAUGGAUGGGGGCUAGCUUGAGGAGGAGCAUGCUCUUCCGUUGUUCUGUGCAACGGGGUGUUGAGCAAGACUUGAAUGGUGUGGUCUCAACUGGAUGAUUGAUGGACCGUCCUCAGGUUUUAAGCUACGUUGCUGAUAUGCUUAAUAAUUUUCAGGUAUUAUGGUAAUUCAUAAUUGCCUUAUUUUAAUAAUAAUAAUAAUAAUAAUAAUUUAUACCCCACCCUACCCAGCCAAGGAUGGGCUCAGGGCAGCUAACAAGCAAUAAUAAAAACAAGUUGAACGAAUACAACUUAAAAACAAGACUAAAAUACAUUAAAAUAUCGAAACAUUAAAAUAUUAAAAUGCAGCCUCAUCACAGGAGGAGAAAGGAAAAAGAAAGAGGGGGAGGGGAUCAAAUUGGCUCCAAGCCAAAGGCCAGGUGGAGCAACUCUGUCUUACAAGCCCUGCGGAAAGAAAUCAGAUCCUGCAAGGCCCUGGUCUCAUGAGGCAGAGCGUUCCACCAGGCCGGGGCCAGUGUUGAAAAGGCCCUGGCUCUGGUUGAAGCUAAUCUAACUUCCUUAGGGCCUGGGACCACUAGGGUGUUGCUAUUUAUGGACCUUGAGGCUCUCCGUGGGGCAUACCGGGAGAGGCGGUCCCGUAGGUACGAGGGUCCUAGGCCGUGAAGGGCUUUAAAGGUCAAAACCAGCACCUUAAAUCUGACCCUGUACUCCACCGGGAGCCAGUGCAGCUUGUGUUUUAAAUCGUGUUUUUACUGUGUGGAUGACUGGGAACAUUUCCUGACAAACUGAAUAAAGAAAGUGGGUCGGUUUGGGGCAGAGCAUGACUUCUGGAUCAUAAGGAGGGUAUACAUGUGCUGGCAAUGGGAGGCUUUGUCCAUUGGAGAGUGGGAAGGGAGAAGCAGUCCACUCAUUUUAACCCUACCCAUGGUUCCUUUUUCUUUAUAGAUGGGAUUGUGAAGGCUUCUGGAUCCUUGAGGGAAAAGGAAGAGACAGUAUGUGAUUUUGUAAGGGGUACGUCCAUUUUGAUUUUUAAAACGUGCCUCCCCCCGGGUAGCCUCCACAGUCUCGUGCCACUAUUGUGAGCUUUGUAGUGAGGGAGGUAAAGCCAGAAUGGGCCAUAUAUGUCUUUGUUUCCCUAAUUACAAUUCAGGACCCAAAAUCCAACAAUGUACCUGUACAACAUGGAAUGAGCUGGGUUGGGGAGAGCUCAUUUUCUCCGUGACUGUUAUUUCUUUAUAAAAUUUAUAUCCUGUCCUUCCAAAGGAAUCCAAAAACAGCAAAGACAAAACAUAAACCUUUUAAGAACAAUUCUAAUACAGAUGCAGACCAGGAAUGGUUUCUUUAUUAUGAAUAGCUAUUCUGGGCAUAUCUUAUAUAUAUCUUGUUUAUAUUGUAAACCACCCUGCGAUCCUCAGAUGAAAGGUGGUAUAAAUAAUUAAUAAAAAAAUAACUGUAUGCACUUUUGACAAUUAUUAUUUCAUAGAAUCAUAGAAUUGUAGCAUUGGAAGGGACUCCAAGGGUCAUCUAGUUAAACCCUUCCAUGCAGGUAACUAAAGCAUCCAUAAGAGAUGGCCCUCCAGCCUGUCCUUCAAAAACCUCCUUGGAAGGAGAGUGAAUCACCUCCCAAGGGAGUCCAUUCCACUGUUGAACAGCUCUUACCAUCAGAAAGUUCAUCCUGAUGUUUAGUCAGAAUCUCCUUUCUUGUAACUUGUGCCCACUGAUUUCGUUCCAUUACUAUGGAGCAGGAGAAAACAAGCUUGCUCCAUCUUCCAUGUGUCAGUCUUUUAAAUAAUUGGUUUUGGGUUCGGUCAGUCAACCACCUACAAAUCCAGCUAACAGUUGCAUUGUCCAGAUAUUCUCUGCGAGGACAGCAUGUGGGACUUUGUCAAAAGCCUUACUGAAAUCAAGAUGCACUACGUCCACAGCAUUCCCCUGAUCCACCAAGCUUGUAACUCUUAUCAAAAAAAGAAGUGAGAUUCAUCUGGCAUGACUUGUCUUUGAGAAACCCAUGCUGGGUCUCAGUAAUCAAAGCGUCCUUUCCUAAGUGCUCACAAACCAACUGUUUAAUCUUCUGUUCUAGGACCUUUCCUGGUAACGACAUCAAGCUGACUGGUCAGUAAUGACCUGGGUCUUCUUUUGAAUUUUUGAAGAUGGGGACAGCAUUUGCCCGCCACCAGUCUGCAGGGAUUUAGCAUUCAUUUCCUCUUCCCAGGAAAUCCUGGGAAUUGUAGUUCCUUGGGAACACCACUAAAGAUUUCACCCAGUGUACUUAAAUAGCUCCACUAAAGGAUGAUUCCCAGAGUUCUUUGGAAGAUGACAUUUAAGCUGGUAUAAAAAUCAACAUAUGGGUAAACAGAGACAUAGCAUAAUAGUAGGAGCAAUGUGGUCUGUUCAGAGUGGCCAGCAGGAAGAUCUGCUCAUGCCACAAAUGCAAAACCUACAGUGACAUCUCUUUAAAUAAUGCAAUUUUUCCAUUGCCCCAAUCUUCUUCUCCCUUCUAGCUUCGGCGUGCUCCAUCAAAUGGGCCACUUACUCCUUGGGUGAUAACCGGAUAUAUUUGCUGGUGCAUGAGACGGGAACAGACAAACACACCAUUGUGGUAUACUUACUAGGUUAGACUGGCUCUCUUAAGCGUUAUUCGUAUUGUUUAUUGUACUUGAAAUUCAACUUGGUGGUGUUAAAAAAAUCAAAAUCAAAUCUAUUCUGGCAGGAACCUGUCUAACAAUCAUGACACAAAAAGAGAAAGGGACAGAUAAAUAAAGAGUAAAAUGAGCAAAUUCAGGUGCACUGAAGUUACCCUCCCACAUGCUAGAAGUGCCAAAAUGUGAUUUGGGGGCACAGGGGAAUUGAAGGAAAAUAAAAUAACAUUUGGAAAAGGUGUUGAAAUACUGAGACCCUUUCCACUGCGCUAUUGUCCUACUAUAUUGUCUGAAAGACAUUAUAAGGAACGAUUGUGCAGAAAUGGUUUCCUGUUCGUGGGUUAAACCACAGAGCCUAGGACUUGCCGAUCUGAAGGUCGGCAGUUCGAAUCCCUGUGACGGGGUGAGCUCCCGUUGCUCAGUCCCAGCUCCUGCCAGCCUAGCAGUUUGAAAGCACGUCAAAGUGCAAGUAGAUAAAUAGGUACCGCUCCAGCGGGAAGGUAAACCGCGUUUCCAUGCAUUGCUCUGGUUUGCUAGAAGUGGUUUAGUUAUGCUGGCCACACGACCCGGAAGCUGUAUGCCGGCUCCCUCGGCCAAUAAAGCGAGAUGAGCGCCACAACCCCGGAGUCGGCCACGACUGGACCUAAUGGUCAGGGGUCCCUUUACCUUUACCUUUACCUUUACCUUUACCUUUACCUCAGUUUUUGAGCGUCUUGGAAGUCAAACAUUUAGGCUUUUGAACGCCAAAAACCCGGAAAUAACUGCUUUGGUUUUUGAACACUUUUUGGAACCGAGGUUCCACUGUGCAUGGGAAAAUGGAAAGUGGCAAAUGUACCAUCAAGUAAAGAUUGGUAUGAUAAAUUAAAGAGCUAUGCUUUUCAUGGCUGAAUAAACCUACUUUAUUAGAUUUAGAGAACAAAAUCAAAGGCACGAUAUCUGCAGGCAAAAAUGGAUUAAUUUUAUUGAUCAUGAGUUGUUAUCAAAUGUAUGGAUUCACUGUAUUCUGAUAGAAGGAAGCAUAUAUUAGUCCAAGUCAAUUGCUGUUGUGCUCUGUAGAAAAUUCAGUUACAAGCAUAAUUUCAGUCCAACUAAUUGUAAUUACCGGUAUACCAUCUGUUACAUCCUUUUCUUUUCCCCCAAGCUUAUGCAUAAAUGGAAUAAAGUAAAUAAGUAGGCAAUUUUAACAUUUGGAUGUUUUCUCUGCUCACUUUGCAGACGAAGAACAUUUUGAAUUUAUUUAUCAUAUCCCUGAAAAAGUUCCCAAGGGUAAGUUAGGCCGCAGAAUCUGAGACAAGGCAGAAUCUGCUGCUACUUGCACAAGACAACACCUGUGCACUCUGUGUUAAGCCACAAAAAUUAACACCCGGGGCUCCAAAUUUGCUAACGGAAUUUGCAGCUUCCAUUUCCCCCUUUAUUGUGCAUUGAAAGGGAUGGGGGCGAGGAUGGCAACGAAACCCUUGACCCUUCUGAUUGCAAGUACAGGAGGAUAGUUAAAUGGCAGACAAGUCGGAAGGGGCUUUGAGUAUGUAUUAAUCCUGGAACUCUUUGCCAAAACCCCAAGUUCUGAACCGAAGGGAAUUCAUAAUGAGAGCAAGUUAUGCAAAUAUGUGGAGUGGAUUCAUGGGGUGGUUUUACAUUGCCUUGUCAUGGUUCCUCACAAAGCAGCGCAUAGUUUGCGGAGGGUCAUCAGGAUUCCCUGCUUAAGGGACAAAUCCCUUGUGUCAUUAACGUGUACCUGUUUUCCCCUUUAAAUAUCAGCCGCAGGAGAGGGGCAGGGUGAGGAUCAAGACUCUUUCACUCAGGGCGGUUCCCUUCCCUGGUUUCCCAUGUGUCAGUAGUGGGGAGCCCCUGGAUGGCAACUCCCACCAGGCCCAUUGAGCAUGGCCAAUGGCUAGGGAUGGUAGGUGCUGCAGUUGAGCAGCACCUGGAGGAUCAAAGAUUCCAUACAUGGGGGAUGGAGGUUGUCCAGCAACAGCUGUCAGACCAUAGCUUCCUCAACCCUGCCGUAUGCCACGUUAUCACUAUAAUAUUAUAUUAUCCCUCAUCUCUAGAGAAGUGACCCAGGAAAAGGCAGUCCAUUGAAAUCUGUGUCUCAGAGAAGCAAAGAAUGCAAAACUGUGCAGUUUGCUCCGGUUUCAAAAAGUCAAGCUGAAUCUUCAAAUAUGGAGUGGGAAUAGCUGUGGGAAACAGAGAUGGUUUCCACCACUGCAUCCUUUUUUCUAGUUACUCUCAUAACUGCUAUCACCCCCAUUUAGAACAACCAUUGUAGUCAACUUCUCUUCUUUUUUCUGUUGCAGCCUCUGAUAAAGGGUUUGUGUUGUUGCUAGGACUGGAGCAUUACACAAACACAACCCUUAUACCAAGAGGUUUGGCUUUGAACCCCUUCAGUAAUAUAUUUUACAUCUGGGGGAAUGCUAUCUUGCAAAGGUAAGAUUCCCUACGAAAAGCCUGCUGGUGUGAAUAUGGUUCCAGACACCUUCCUGUUUAUAUUACUUUCAUCUUUAGAAAAUACUGAAUCUAAAGGCGACCAGAAAUUCCAAAGAGAUUGGAGUAAAUUUAUUGAGUAUUUGAAAGAUUAUUGCAAAAAUGUGAAGACACUGAAAUAAAUCUUGUAACGUAAUGAAGGACAGAAACUGGCAGUUGAAAUGCGCAUACAAUUUAUUAGAAAUGGGAAAGCCAGUUGAAAGGGAAGGAGGGAAGUCAUGUGCUCGGUGGAACAAAAGUAUUUGAUAUGUAUUUGAAAGGUUGUUAUAUUCUGUGUUUUUGAAAAAACAAAAACAAAAAUUUUCUCUCAAAAAAAGAGAAAAUACUGAAUCUAGUGCCCAGAAAUCUAAAUCUGCACCCUAGUAGCAGUAGACUUUCCUACGAUGUCGACCAUAAUUUUUGCACUCUCUUGGCUUAUCUUCAGUUUUCUCACAGUGCUGUUCCUAUAAAGCUUGGAAUAGACCAAAAACAACAGUAUUGUGGCACCUUAAAAACUAACCGUUUUAUUAUGGUAUAAGACAGGAGCUGCCAAACUGAUCCUCAUUCCACCAGUGGUCCUCAAGCAUCAUUCAGUGGUCUGUGGUGUGUCUGUGGAUUUGUGGUUGAAGAUGGGAGACAGCUCAUCCAUUGCAUUAAUAUUCAUAUAGGUUUUGUUUGUAUUUUUAUUUCUUAUAUUUCAUUACAAUUUGAAUUCUAUGGUAUUCAUAUUGUAAUGCAAUGCACUACAAUAUAUAAGAAAUAAAAGAGCCCAUAGAAAUUAUGCAGCUUCUAGCUCGGUGUAUUACAAAUCGGUAGCACUAGGAGAAAAUGAUAUUAAAGGCUCUGCUAGGAUCUGCAAAAGUUUUCAAGUGGUCGGGGGAGGGGGAGAAGUUGGGGAACUGUUGGCAUAAUGUUUUGUGGAUCACAACCCACUUCAGGAAUGCAUGAAGUGUACUGGCAACGCCCGUUUUGCACGGAAGUUGCGUGUCUAACUGCUGUGUGCAUAAGUCCAUCUUGAAUCCAUUCGCCCCCUUUUCCAACCACUUCCGGAUUGCAGCAAUUUUCGCUUGUUCGUUAGGUGCGCGUAAAAUGAUUGUUGCCUCUGUUACAAGAAAAAACCUGCUCCUUUUCCCUUAUGGGGUAGCCAAGAGCCCAUCUAGAGUCCUUAUGUAGGUUCUUUAUCGGUAGGAGAAAAUAACAGAGGCCAGCCAGAGAAUAUUGAGAAGCAAAGCAGCUAGUAAGCCUGAUCUUUAUUAAACUGUUACAACAGGGUCCUCACUCACCACAUGCAGGAGGGAGGAGGAACCCAGAACAUUGGUGUGCAAGCUCUUAUAUAGACUUUUGAAAUUGCCCACCCUGGAGCCCAAGACCACCCCCCUGAAACAUCAUACAUACAUCACAGAAGGAGGCGGUCAAUAGCAGAAAUCCUGUUUGCCAGGGUACUUGAUAAUGGUCACCUGAAUCCAGGUUACAGUCUCACCCAGUCAUACACAGAUACGCCUUUAAGACAGGAUUUGUGAGCAAAGAGACAAUGGGGAGGUUUUCCCAUUUCCUUUGUCCUUGGAGAGAAACAUUUGAGGUCAAUUUUGGGAGAGUCAAAAUGGUUUCAGAACUUUUUUCCUGUACUGUUUCAGACAUGUGGUUUAUAUAUUUAUGUAUGUGUUUGCCUGGUCCAUUUAUGAGCAUUUAUUUUAUAUCUUAGACCAGGGGUCAGCAACCUUUUUCAGCCAUGGGCCAGUCCACCGUCCCUCAGACCAUGUGGUGGGCUGGACUAUAUUUUUUUGGGGGGGGGAAUGAACGAAUUCCUAUGCCCCCAAAUAACCGAGAGAUGCAUUUUAAAUCAAAGGACACAUUCUACUCAUGUAAAAACACGCUGAUUCCUGGACCGUCCGUGGGCCGGAUUCAGAAGGCGAUUGGGCCGCAUCCGGCCCACUGGUCUUAGGUUGCCUACCCCUGUCUUAGACCUUAUACUUCUCAUAACAUCUCUUAAUACCAACUACUGCCCUAGAUUGCUGCUUAGAAUCGCUUGUUAGAAGGGUUGACUUAUUGCAUCGUUUCAGUUUUGAGCCUAGCGCAGGGUUGACCCUGACAACCUCCUCCAAUAUUUACGCUAUUAAGAAAGGUUGUAUGAAACACUCUUCAAUAGAUAAGCCAGGCUGUCUUGGAGGGCUCUUCCACACUUCGCUUUCGCUUGUGCAGUUUCCCGCUUGCUCCCUUCCUUUCCAAGGGAAAACUUUAGUGAUAGAUCAGAGCAAAUGUGAAUCUGGAGAAAACUCAAAACUGCCAUUUGCUCCGACUGAGCAGUAAAGCAGCAGGAAGUGCAGAUAAGCCCUAAGUCAGGGUGGGCCAACUUUGGCAAGUAGUUGGGGUAAUAAAGACUCCAGAUGACAACUUGAGAAGUGUCCUACCAGUCAUAAUUAGGCCAGUGGACUGGAUUGUAAGGCUAACAGCUGCCCCCGUGUUUGACUUGAUACAGUAAUGGAAGUAGGUUCACAAGGUGGGCAAAAUAAUAUGUUGUGACUCCUAUUUAAAUGCAUACAUUUGUUUUUGCUCCACUCAAAAUGUUGUAGGAGGUGGGGAUUUAAAACAAAGAUCUCUUCUUGUUUUCUUUACAGCAAUGACAAGCAGAGUUAUAUAUAUCUCUCUAGCUUCCCGAAUGAUUCCCCCAUCAAAUAUUUCGUUCAGUCGUUUACUGGGGAAAUUGCCUUUGUGACUGACCGAGAGGAGGUAUGUCUGCUUAUCUUUCUCAUGGAUCCAGUGGCUGGCUGUUUUAGAGCAGGCAUGUCAAACAGGUUGAUCGUGAUCUACUUGUCAAUAGCCUGGUCGAUCCUGGUUGAUCUUUGGACCCCCUGAUUGAUCUCCAAAGAAAGAAAAAAAAGCUCAACAGCUCUGGUCAAUCGUCUAAUGGUAGAUCACUGCCAGUUCUUUUAUACUGUGAGUAGAUCGCAGUCUCUUGUGAGUUGGACAUGCCUGUUCUAGAGGAACAAGGCUUAAUAUUGCUGAGGAACGUAUGAUUUCUUUCUUUUUUCAUAACCUUUAUUUUGAAAUGCAAAACAAUAGAAACAGGACAAAAGGCAUCGGCCAACAGGUACAAAACAGUUUAUUUAAACUAUUUGUAGUCUACCUUUCUGUCCUUGUGGAAUUCUCAGGGUGGCUGACAAAUAACACACACAGACACACCAAACUAAUGAAAUUAUAGCAGAACAGCAAGUGGCAGUAAUAAAGGACAUUUUAGGAAUUUAUGUUAGAGCCAUUAUAUAAACCAAAGAUUUCAUAUCUUGUAGUGUAUAAUCUAGCCCUAUUCAUAUUUAUUCAGAAGGAAACCCCAGUGAUUCGAACAGGAUUUUUUUCAGGUGUUGUGUUCCCCACCCAUCUGGCUGGGUUGCCCCAGCCACAUUAAAUAACUACCGUACACAGGGCUGCCUUCAGUUGUCUUGUAAAGGUUGUAUUGUUAUGUAUCUCCUUGGCUCAGGGGUUGGAUAACUAUACCUUCCAACAUUUUUCCGAUGAAAAUAAGGACAUGUUAAUGCAAGUGAGAUUGCUAGUCUCUUAAUCAUUCUGCUACAUUAUCAACCCAGCUGUGUGUGUUUGUGUGUGUGUACACACACACACACACACACACACACACAGAGCACUACAUCGCUUGAGCAUUACUUUCCCCCCCUCUUUCUAGAUUUGGGUUUCCAAAGAACUUGGCACAGAGAUUAAAAAGGUAUAUCCAUCAGAAGCCUGGGAUGUGUUCAAUUAUUUGCAGGUGAUGAGAGGCUCACCACAUUAUAGCUUGACCCUGAAACAUUCCAUACUCACCAUUUUCUAUAUCGAUGGACAGUUGGAAGAGGUGAGUGCAUUAGGCUGUGUUUGCCUUGACGGGUAAUCCGGGAGGUAGCUGGUUUGAAAAGGGAGCCAUGUCACCACUCAAGGCAUGUGUGGUGGUGUGGAGGCGCUCUCUUGAAUCUGGAGUCACCAGUGCUAUUUUUCUAGAAAAAGAAUGCCAGAACUCUCCAUGAAUGGCUCCCUUGUUCUCUUAUACAGUGGUACCUUGGGUUAAGUACUUAAUUCGUUCUGGAGGUCAGUACUUAACCUGAAACUGUUCUUAACCUGAAACACCACUUUAGCUAAUGGGGCCUCCCACUGCCGCCGCGCUGCUGCUGCGCAAUUUCUGUUCUCAUCCUGAAGCAAAGUUCUUAACCUGAAGCACUAUUUCUGGGUUAGCAGAGUCUGUAACCUGAAGCAUAUGUAACCUGAAGCGUAUGUAACGUGUAUGUAACAGGUAGCACUGUAAUGACAAUGGCACCCAUUGGACAGGUGCCAGAACUGAUUUCCAGCUGAAAAAAAGCCCUGGAUGUCACUGCUGUUUAUUAUUGAAUAAAUAAUAAUAGCUGGCUGAGGCCGAGGCAAGGCCUUGGUGAGAUUUAAUUAGGGGGCACUGCUGGGAGUGCUGAUGCUGUCCCCACGAAUCCCCAGCCUUGCCAUUGCCCCAGCUCCAAAUAAGUAGGAGACAUCAGAUCAACAGCCGUUGUCAAGAGAGCAGCUCCACCCAACUCACCACUGCCGCUCACAUACAGUGGUGCCUCGCAAGACGAAAUACGCGCAAGACGAAAGAGUUUUCCGUUUUUUGAGUCGUUCCGCAAGACGAAUUUCCCUAUGGGCUUGCUUCGCAAGACAAAACGUCUUGCGAGUUCUUGCGAGUUUGUUUCCUUUUUCUUAAAGCCGCUAAUUGCCGCUAAGCCGCUAAUAGCCGUGCUUCGCAAGACAAAAAAACCACAAGACGAAGAGACUCGCGGAACGGAUUAAUUUUGUCUUGCGAGGCACCACUGUACUGAUCUGAAACAUUUGGAAUUGAAAGUAACACUGUGAUGUACACUCUUGCUCUUACUGCCAUUGCUGUCUUGCUUGGAUUCUCAUCAUAUUUGCAAGACAAAGAGCUGGCCAGCUGCUCAGGUUGGUGGCAAGGUUUUCCUAGCAGCAGCAGAGCUGCUAGGGCAGUUAGGGACCAAAGGUGGACAAACUACCCCAGAAGGAGCAUCAUGUGUCCCCCCACCAGAGGUACUACCCCUCCCCUAACACUCCAUACACGUACAUCCCAUUACAUUAUAGACGUACAUCCCAUUAUGUAACAAAACACUAGAGGAGAGGUGAUAAAUUUAAAACGUGUUUUGUGUACCUGAUUCCUCUAAAUCUGUUAACCCGGGCUUCUUUUCUUUCAGCUGGUUUAUUUGGCGGAUACUGCAGACAAUGGAAGAUUAGUCAGAAGGGAAUUCCCUCUGAGUCAUGUCCUUGCCUAUGACCUGUUGAUAACAACCCCUAACAAAGAGAUGAGACACAAGUGAGUGGAACACACAAAGUGUGGUGUCAUCACUUUUGAACUUUUCUCAAACAUCUGGCAGGGCAGAAGUUUUGCAAAGGCUCUUCAAAGUCUCAGGCCUUCUGUCUCAUUCAUUUGCAAGGUACCUGGGAUCCAUUUCCUCUUUCAAAUCUUUUUUUCUAUCCUCUCUCUGCAGCUUUUGCAACAGCAGACUAUGGAUGAUGGGGGCUCUUCACCUUAGAUUAGAGGCCUUGCUCAGGUCUCCAGUGCUUCUCCUCAACCAGGGGAAAUAACUGGUUGCAGGAGCAGCUAGCAGCAAGGGGUAUCAUCUCAUACCUGACCUCCAGUCAGCUGCAGCACUGUACUUUACUAGGAAGGGGUGGUGAUAGCAAGCUUGGCAAAGCUUCUGCUUUCAGCCAUGUUAGCUAAGACGAUCAACUUUUAUUUCACUGUAAUUUGUAAGUAUUUUUCUGCACACUACUUUGCUGUAUUUGCUGCCUGCAUUGAAAUGUAAGUAAACCUUUUUCAUUUAUGUAACUAAAAAUGUGUAGUUCAUUCUCUGCUAUGGGGAUGAAGAGGGGAAGGUCAGCAGACCACAUAAGAAAGAGCUAGAAAGGUAGAACUGCCUAACUCACAGGCUUUAAUAAGCUGCAAAAUUAUAAGCAUUCUUACUCUGCUAAAAAGGCUUCACUUUUUUUAUUUCUCACAGAAACAUGGGAUUGGAGGUUUAGAUCUAAAUCUACGGAUUUAAUCCUUAAUUCAUCUCCUACAGUAUUAUGCCCUGAAAUUUUUGGACAGAGGGCAGAAGCUAUAGGGCUUGGGGGUUGUGUUUAGAAUCUGCUUUUUGUAUGGGAAUUUGCAGUCAGAAUAAUUUUGCUUGUUUUGGUGAAUAAGGAUAUGAAGGGUUCUUCCUGAUGACAAGAGAAGGCAGUGUGUGACAUCACUUCCUUUGAGUUCUCUGAUGUGAUAAAGGCAAAAGGGUUUAAUCUUUUCUACUUUCCCCUGCUUCAGAACUCAGCCCACCAUGCUUCUGAGGCAGGCCUCUGUUUGGUCUCCGCUUCUUUUUGAAUUAAAAUAUGUAUUUUGUAGGGAUGCGGGUGGCGCUGUGGGUUAAACCACAGAGCCUAGGACUUGCCGAUCAGACAGUUGGUGGUUCAAAUCCCCGUGACAGGGUGAGCUCCUGUUUCUCAGUCCCUGCUCCUGCCAACCUAGCAGUUCAAAAGCACGUCAAAGUGCAAGUAGAUAAAUAGGUACCGCUCCAGCGGGAAGGUAAACGGCGUUUCUGUGCGCUGCUCUUGUUCACCAGAAGCGGCUUAGUCAUGCUGGCCACAGGACCCGGAAGCUGUACGCUGGCUCCCUCGGCCAAUAAAGCGAGAUGAGCACUGCAACCCCAGAGUCAGUCACAAGUGGACCUAAUGGUCAGGGGUCCCUUUACCUUUACCUUUAUGUAUUUUGUAAUCUAGAAGUAGAAUUGGCCUGCCUUGUUUUCAUCACUGUUAACUGCUAGAAUCAGGUGCAAGACCUUAUGUAAUUAACCACUAUUUCAUAAUCUGCAGCCUGUUGCGUGAUUCUUUUGAUUAAGAGGGAAAGGGAAAAAAUCCAGCCUAAAUAAAUUGCAACAAGGCUACACAGCCUAGUCCCAGAUUUUCCACUUUAAUGCUGCAAGGGAUGGUGUUUUAAGCUCUCCUAACAUUUGAACUUUCUACUCACACCACUAUAAAAUCCAUCCAACUGUUUGUUCUUAGUGGAUUAGACUACAUCAGAUUCGCCCACCUUUGCCCAUUUGCUGUUGUGCGCUAUGUGGACCUACCUCAGCCACAGGAAUUCACCCGGAUGGAACAUUAUUUUGCUAUGCCUCCUGAGAUCAUGGAAAAAACUGGCUUUCAUGAUGAGAAGUCGCUGAUUGUGUACCAGGGACUCGUCUAUCAGCUGCUCCAGUUGCACUCAUCUUACCACAGAGUGAGGAUACCUUUUGUUUAUUUGUGUUUCUCUUUUGAGGGGCUGAAAAGUCGCUGGCCUCAGAACCACCAAAAGACACAGGCUUUAGCUUCUGUCUGGCAGCAAAGUCCUCAAAGCUAAGUCCCACCCCCCCAAUCCAAAACAGCUGUUGAAACUAACAACGAUAAACCAGCAAAAAGAAAAUUGUGUAAAGGCCUUUUUUUUUUUUAAACCAGCUGCCUAAAACAACCAAGUGAUUGCAUUCUUCAUGGCAAAGCAUUCUGCUGUUUGCGCCAUAAAUGCACAUGUUGCUUAUGCAAAUUAAAGUAAGCAAAAUAAAGGUCGCUAUCCCUUGGACUUACUAUUUAAACACAGGCCUCAGCCAGUGGAACCCCUGAUCCAGCAUCUAUUUCAGGGCACUCAAGCUCAGUUGUAACAUUCCUGAAGAGCAGGGGUCUGUACGGUUUACCUCGCCUGGGCUGGUUCACUCCGGCAGAGAUCCCUCUGUGGGCUGGAUUGCGUGUGUGUGUGAGCACGCGCGCCUGCAAUUUCCGGUGUCUGCGCAGGCGCGAUUUCUGGCCCUGCAGAAGCAAGUCCCCAUGCCACGCUGCGCCGGUUUAGCAUAGCACGCAGGGACUCGCCGAUUGGGAGGCUUGUGGGCCGGUUAAACGACCCCCGUGGGCCGCUUGUGGCCCAUGGGCCUUAGGUUGCCUACCCCUGCUGGAGAGGAUGUUUUGGAGAAUGCUGUCUGGCAUCAUAGAGGGAGAUCCAAUGUAGUAGGCCCCCCCUUCUGACCCUGUCGGCCUCUCUGAAGCCCUGGCUCAACUGGAGUUAUAGAUCCUCCAUGUAGGGAAGCACCUGGAAUCUGAAGCCCCCCUGCUGCUCUGAUUUUCCCUCCCCCUCCUUGGGAUAAAAAUUUAACUACACAUUUGAGCACCUCUAAACUGCUCCCUCUCUUUUCUUGCUAAUGGAAGGAAAAACAUUUGAAAGCUUUUAAAAAUGCUUUCUGCAAAGGUCCCUACUGUUUGCUUUAGUUCAACAGUGUUGGAUGAGGCAGCUAAAUGACCUUUGGAUUUCCUCUCCCCACCCCCCGCUUUUGAUUACAUCCUUCUUGUCCAAGUGAGAGAUGCUUCACUCAUCAUCAUAAGCAUAUAAGAAUCUUCUGUCUCCACUGUCUCCUUAAAUAGCGCAGCAGACAUCCCACUUCCAGUAGUCAGAGGGAAGGCCUAUGUAAAGUUCUAGCCUCCUAUAACUCUAGAAUGUUCCAAUCUAAUAAGAGCAUGAAGGGGUUAAACCAUAGGCUAAGCCUGGAGAAGAAAUGAGUGACCAAGCCUUUGGUAUCUUUCAUUCCCCAUGUGGACUUCAGUAUGUAAGGAGCUCUGAACUGGUCACUCCAGACUCCUGACUUUAACAAGCAUCCUUUGUUUCAUAAUAGUAAUUAAUAAUAAUUGUAGUAGUAGUAGUAAUACUAAUUUAUUUAUACCCUGCCCAUCUGGCUGGGUUUCCCCAGCCUGCAUUCUCUCUAGAAUUUCCCCUCUCUAUCAAUAGUUUAGAAACUUUUACCUUCUGUAACUACACAGUGUUUUAAAUGCCUGUGCAUAUUUUCUGACCGCUGUAAGGAAAAGCACAUGAAUCUGACCUUUGAAUUUUGUAAGUAAACCUUUUUAUGACUUGCCAAACAUGUGGUCUGGCUCUGUGCCAGGGAAGUGGGACAGAUGGAAAGAGCUUCUAGAAGGGGACAUUUUGGGACUCAAAAGGGCACAUAUUAAAGGUUUCACAGACUAUAUUUCUCUGCGGCAUGUUUUUGUGAUGUUAAAUCUCUGCUGGGCUUCUCCCACCAAACUUGGGUCUUGGCUUCCAGGAUUCCAACAUGCCAGCUUACUAUCUCUCAUGCCACUGUCUGUCUUUCUUCAACCCCUUCCUCUUAGGAGCUGCCACCACCUGCCACUUCAUCCACCCAGAUCGGUUGCCAUGACCUCUGCUUGGGUGGACCACAGCAGGGAGGUUUCUAUGCUGUCCCACACUAAAUAAAAUUGUAUAUUAUUUCUGCAUUUCUAAACAGGUUUUGCUGCUAAUUUAGUGAUAGUUUUUGUGAGCCUGCCUGUCUUCAAACUCACCCUUACCAAUUCUUUUUUUCUCCCUAGGCUUAUGCUGACCCAGUCCAUGACCCCACAUGGAGAUGGUGGAAGAACAAGAAAGAGGAUGCGGUAAGAACAAAAAUUUUGAAAAGCAUUCCUUAGAAACAACUGCCCUCACCACUCCAUGAUUAACAUUAACCUGGUCUUAAACUUUCUUUUUUAAGUAAAUAAAGUGAUUUUGAUAUUCAAGGAGAGAGACACCUGAAGACACCAUUUUUUUUUUGACUGCUUGCUAAGGGAUUUGACAGUCAGUUGAUGUGUGAUAGACACACACGCAAUAUGAAUCAUUUAGUAAUGAAACAGUCAUAAUUUUGAUGUAUGAGUGUUUCCUUUUCCUAACCAACAUGCUUCACCUUUAACUGCUGCAACACCCAAGUUUGCACCUGGGCUUUGCCCCUGUCUUCACUGUAUGCCUUACCUUAGGCAAGCCAAUACUUACCAAUCACACUGUCAAUAGAUAGCAAUACUGGCCUACUUUCCAGGGCUGUUGCAACCAUGACUAAGGUACAGUUUAUGGAGCACUUGGAAGGAAGAGACAAGGGGGGGGGAGCAGAAGAUAAUCAUUUUCUUGCUUCCCAGGAAUACUACACCUAUGUGGCAAGCAACUGGAACACCUCGGCAGGCAUCUAUGUCGACAUGGCCAACUACAUCAAGAUGUACGAUCAGAUGCCUGAAAACUUACUGCCUUCCAAGCUCUACCUGGACAAGCACACCGAAUACACCUUCUCUCUGUACCUGAGCAUGAGAACAACGAAACAGAGCAGUAAGGGGUGUUGAGCUCAGGAACUGCUGUGAUGGAGGAAGGGAGGGGUGGAUCUGUCACAUAAAACACAGCAGUUACAGGGCAUCUCCCACACCUAACUGAGAAUGUAAUGUUGAUAUCUACUGUGAACUUCUUGUUUCUUGGGCAUGUGGUGAUAUCUAAGGCCACACUUAAUGAAGCCAUGAUGUCAACACCCUCCCAAUAAGCUGUUUUUAUACACACACACACACACACACACACGAUUCCUUUAAAAGAGGCUCUGUGGAUACACAUGUUUCACGGGGCCUCUUUUAAAAGACUCACCCUGUAUAUAUGGAUGUCUUGCAGUGGUAAUACGAGUUGCCCUAGGCUGUGCUUCCUCCUAAUUUUGACUUGUGAUCCUCCCGGCUUUUCUUCUGAUUUAUGGUUCUACAGUAGCACAGACAUGGAACAGAACUGAGGGGCUGACAGAGGGCAUGUCAUGGACUGGCUGGACACAGAGGAAUGGGCGGCGGGGGGGGGGGCGGGGGAGGAACCUGGUGGGGAAUACCCAAGGGAAGAAGGCUCAGGGCCCGGGGAGUGGUGGUGGGGCAAGGAUGAGUGGUAAGAGGGAGCAGACUGGGAGGCGGAAGCUGAAGAGGUAACAGGGUUUAGUGAGCAGGAAGAGGCAGCAGCAGAGAGCAGUCCAGAAGUAGCGUCAGAAGCAGAUGCUGGAGAGGAGGGAGGGGCAAGAAGCAGAGAUGGGUCAGGCUGGUAAAGAAGCCAGGGUGUCUCCUCCUCUUGCUGUGACCAGCUCUCCUCCUCCCAUGUCUCCCAGAACCUGAAGAGGGUGGAGCAGAGACAAACAAGGCGGAGAAGGCUCAGAUUGCUUGGGAAGGACCUGGGGCAGGAAGCAGUGUAGGCUACUGUGGGAAAACAGGGACCUUCAGUCCUUGUAACUGCCUCAUUGGGGCAAGAUCUAACGGGAAGAGUUGCUGUGCUCACUAGGCCUGGUCUCUGGAGCUCUUUGUUUCUCUGAAUAAAGAGUUAACUUCGCUGACACCAUGUGAGUUAUUACUGACCUGCUCCUGGCACCCCAUGGGAGAGGUCUCCAGAAAAACCGUGAUCACAGGUUUUCUUCUCAGCAGUGUUACUUAUUUACAAGAUUUAUGUUCCAUCCCUCUUCACGGGAUCUUACGGUGGGCCACAACAAUUCAAGAAACAAUAAGAACAAAACGGAAUACAGUGGUGCCCCGCAAGACGAAUGCCUCGCAAGACGAAAAACUCGCUAGACGAAAGAGUUUUCCGUUUUUUGAGUCGUUCCGCAAGACGAAUUUCCAUAUGGGCUUGCUUCGCAAGACGAAACAUCUUGCGAGUUCUUGCGAGUUUGUUUCCUUUUUCUUAAAGCCGCUAAGCCGUUAAUAGCCGCUAAGCCGUUAAUAGCCGCUAAGCCACUAAGCCGCGCUUCGCAAGACGAAAAAACCGCAAGAUGAAGAGACUCGCGGAACGGAUUCUUUUCGUCUUGCGAGGCACCACUGUAUACUAGAAUAGAAUAAAUAGAAUACAGUCAUCCUCUGCCUACUAAAUACAGUAUAUCAGAUCGAAUAGCCAUGUGACCCAGUAGGCAGACAAUAGCCCUCAGACUCAAAAAGCCUGGUGGAAAAUGAGUUUUCUGCUGGUGCCGAAAGAUAACCAACUUUGGCAUCAGUCAGAGCUCGAAGCAGAGAGUUUUCCAUAGCUGGGGUGCUACUGCCAAGAAGUAAGAGGGGGUCAUAUCUCACAUGGUUGCUGCAUGCCCAGCGAGAAGAAUAUUCAUGGCAAGCACCAACACUCUGUUCCACAUGUACAUGCCCUAUUCUUUUGCAUUGGCUGAUAGCUUUUUCAUUUUGCUUGCAGUGGGGGAGUCAGCAGAUGAAAAUUCUCUCCAAAACAUAUGGCUCACUCUCAUCUUAGCCCAUCCUGAAUAUAUUCAUACACAUCUACAUAGGCAAGAGCUCAUCAGCAGAGGUUCAGUACGAUAUGUGGUAAGGGCCUCUCAAAUCCUAGAUGAUGAAAUGAGGCAAAAUCCUCCUUGAAAAGUCAGAAAUGCAGGCUUGCUCCGAUCAGCAUGUUGAAAUGUGAGAAACCUGAACCCCAUUCUUAUUUUGAGACAUAUUUGAAACUAUGCUUGCAAACUUUUGUUUGUGUAAAAUUUCUGGCAUCUCUGAGCAUAUACAGAGUGCCUUUUUGCAAGUGUAAAGAAGGCCUACAAAUAUUUACUUUCUUGCGUGCCACCCCAGUCUCUGAGCUUUGUGUGAUUCCAGGCGCUUACCCAAGGUUCAGUUUCCUCGGAAUGUGAUGUCUUUAUGUCAUAUAUAGCUUAUUUACACACACACACAUCCUGAGUCUACGAUGGAGGAGCUUAUAGCAUUGCAUCCCAGAAGGUCUUGUUUUUUCCAUAACCACAUUAUAUGAUUUAUAGCCUCUCUUCACCUUAAGGUUCCAGGAUGGAAUACAAAAUAUAUGGUAAAUCACAGGAUUAUAUAUAUCAUUAGAACCAAUAUAAACAACAGCCAGAAAUGUCAGUACUGCUGAGAAGAAGCACCGUGUUAUUUAAGGGUGCAUCACUGGGAAGCAAACAAAGAUUCCUGACAUGCGCUUAGAGGGUGGCAAGAUUUGUUAUUAUGAGUAUUCUUGGCCAUCCAUUCUGCACCAUUGAGUGGCUCACAAGGGGGAAAUGCCAUUAGAGAGCUGGUUUCUUAUUAAAACUGAUUCCAUUUUAAACUCCUGUUUCUUUUGCACCACUGCAUCUCUUCGUCCUCACAACAACAGAUAGAAAUUUAUGACAAAGGUGUUUACCCGUAUCAGCAGCUGAGUGGGAAGAACCUUCUGAAGAGUUCUCUUGGCUUAAAGGUAAGAAGGCAGUCUUUGCUGAAGUUCCAGGGUCUUGUCUUCUAUCACAAAAUUGUUGCUCUUGGGCUAGGAUAGGCCACCUGGUGCCGCUUCAGUGUACCAAAGGUGGCACAUGAAAUCAGUCUCCUGCCACACUGCUUCUUGCUUCUGAUCUGUUGAGUUGUACUCCUCUGGUAUACAAGUGGCUAGAAUUUGCCUUUCCCCUGACAUUUGCUUGGCUUGUAUUUACUUUCCCCAGGUUGCACACUCGGGAAUGAACUGCUAUGAGUACACAUCCAACGGACCACGGAUAAGGGUAAGGGUGGUGUAAUGGUUCAAGGGGUUGCUCGUGCGUAAGCCGGUGCCCACACCUGGCUGGGUUGCCUAAGUGAACCUUUUCUGUCCGGACAGCCACUCACCCGUGGCUGUCUCAAUCGCUGGCAGAAUCCAUCAGUGGGCGUUUCUUAAACUUCUUCCAGCAUAGAAGUUCUUUCACGCCCAGUCGCCUCCUACUUUCCCUGCGCGGAAGCCUUCUGCGCAAGGAAGGCGUAGGCAGCGGAGGACCCUUCCUCCCCCCACUGGUCCCAGGCAAGGGGUCAUGUGACUCCCUCUCAGAUUCCCCCAUCUGCCCCCCUUCUCCACUGGAGCUGAGCUGAUUCCCUUCCCCAGAAGAUGGGCUGCUUCUCCCAAUCCCGUGACACUCUCUGGGAUCCCUCUGGAGCUCUCUCCCUCCGGCACUGAUGGCAGUUCCCUGACAGGUGGCUUGGAUUGCUUGAAGGGAAGAUAAUUUCUCUCAAUUCUCUCCUCCUGGUAGCAGCCCUGGAGGAGGCAGUUGGCACCUGAUACUCAGGAUUUCCAGUCUGAAUCCCUCCCCAACAUGGUACCAGCUUCCUGUACCAAUGCUGAAAAUUUUUGAAAGCUUGUCUGGGAGAAGCUCGGUAAUUCUGGAAAGGCAGCUUGUUUGCCAUGAAUAAUCUUCCUCUGCAGCCUGCAGCUGUGGGAAUUGUUUAGAGGUGUCGCGGCCACCUUGACCUGCCUUGCUUUUGUUGAGUGGCAAAUUAAGCAAGCCAUAUUUUUCAUCUCCAGACUGUGGCAUAAUGUGAGGGGGACGAGGGGGUCCGUAGUCCCGGGUGCAGAAUUAUGAGGGGGCGCAACCGGGUGCCCCCAUGACAAGGCCACAUGGCUGCCAUCUUCUGGAGCCACGGGGAGGUAAGCCGCACCCGAGCGGUGGUGCCUCUUUCUCCUCAUGGCCGCCUAAGGGGUGCUCACCCCUGGGCAGAACUCCCACCAGCUGGAAUCUGGACUUUUCUGGCCUGCACCACUCCUUCCCCAGGGCCUCCCUUGGCUGAGGCAUGUGCUCUGCAGCAGGAGCAUAGAAGGAAAGCUGCCCGCUCACCUGGGACCCGCUGGCACCUGCUCUUGUGCUGUGCAGCCAAGGACAGGCAGCCAGUAAAAGGCUGCACUUGGCACCUCAGCCUGGUCACCACCCUCCUCGUAGGCCUGCUGUAUCUGCGGCUCUGGUGCUGCUGAGACACCACCAAGCCAGCCAGGGAUCAUCAGCCACCGCUCCCACCAGGGGCUCACCAAGCUGAGAGGGCAAACACUGUGACCAGCAGGCAACCUCUGUGAGGAGUGGCCACCGCAGGGGCACAACAAAGUCUGCCUGUUGCCUUCCGUGCGACACCUGCCAGGAGGUGCAAUCCUUGCCUUGCCAGAAAAAAAUAAUCAAAAAAAUUCCUGCAGGCCAGACUUCUGUUCCAAGGCAGAGGAGCAGAACUAGUACGAAAACGUGGUGAGUCCUAUCGGGUGUAUUCUAGAGAACCCUUCAUGAAGGUCAAGGUGAAGGUACCUUAGGCAUUGACUGAGGGGUCCUCCAAGGAGAUGCCUAUCCAAAUUAUCCUCUGCAACAUGCAGGGAUUCUGCAGCAGACACAGAGGUGAAAAGGGGUCCUUUUAAGAGAGGGAGUUUGCAAUCCAAUGUUCUAAAAAAGAAAGAAAGAAAAAAGGCCACUUCUCUUUUCCAAUUUACUUGCCCCCACAGGGCAGUUAUGUGUCGACUGUCUACAUUGGAUGUCCCCCAGGCAAGAGGCUAGCUUUUGACAUUACUUCCACUAAGAAUGAGACUACCGUCAAGAACAAGCGCUACUUCGAUUGUAUCAAGAAAGACCCCGAGAUGCCUUGUUUCUCCUUCAAUGAUGGUAAGGCUGGGGUGAAGUGGGGUGUCUGGGUGGGUCAGAUCUGUGAGGCUUAUAGAUGAAGUUAAUUAAGGAAUGAUGGGUGCCAGGCAGAAGACAGAUGGUGAUACCACACCUGCUUGAUUCAUUUGCAGUGUUUUACCCUUCUUUUUUGAUCCAAGAUAUGGUGACAGGAGACUCAGGACGUUUCAAUGGAAGGUAAGGGCUGAGCUGUGCUUUUGAUGACAUUUUGUCGCUUUGCUGAACUGAAAUCAGUGAAUCUCCACUGAGCAUAUUGUUCAAAGGCUGGGGGGAGGGUAAGAUGGAGGCACCUAGGUCAAUGCCAGGGUGCCCAGGCUUUGGGGCUGGUAUGACCCAAGACGUUUUCGCUGGGGACUUCCAGGUAAAGCUGCAGGCCAAUCAGAGGAAGCCCUGUUGUCGCUAGGGAUGGACAGAGAAGACUCUUUCCGGUCCCUUCCAUUUUUGUAUAUGUUCGAAAGCCCAUUCCACCCCAUGUCCACAUUAAUUUGCAAAUCUGCAUCUAGAUACAUGUUUUUAAUACAUUUUCUCUCAAAAUAUGCAAUUUGAUGCAUUUUCUUUUUGAACUGAGAACUGCAUCGUGAACUCUGGAGAGGUGUGGUAUCUGAAGGAUAACUUCUGAUCUGCACCUUGAUUUGAGUUGAUUGGGUCAGUUUGUAUCAAAACGCACCAAGAACAAAUUCCUCAAGAGUCCCUAGUUGCUAUGUGACACCCUUGAAGGCAAGGAAAUUGUCUGACAGGUAUACAUUUGUACUAACAGUAGACCCCAACUGAUCUAGCAUCACGGCUAAGGACAUGGCCAGGAAACCUCUGCCAUGAGCUUAGCUUGGUGGCCAGAGGCAAGUCUUCACUCGAUGGGACACACAGGGGAUCCAUGAAUAGGAUAUCCUAAUUUUUUAAAAGGGAAAGGUACCUGGGAGGAUUGUGGUGGCCCACGUACCAGCAUGCCCAGAGGAAAUGGGUUAUUUCGACCCAUUUUAACUUGGUUUCAGGCCUAGGAAUGGCUCUAAAACUGCCCUGGUUGGCAACCUUUAUCAGGCGAGAUACAGAAGGAAAUGCUCUUGUUGAUUCCCCUGACCUCUCAGUGACUGGUAUCCUCUGAGAGUGGGUCCCCGGCUUGUUUGUUGUUUGUUGUGGGGGAGAAAGGGAAAGGAGAAUGUUAGCCGCUUUGAGACUCCUUAGGGUAGUGAUAAAGCUGGAUAUCAAAUCCAAACUCCUCCUCCUCCUCCUCCUCCUCUUCUUCUUCUUCUUGCUGUGGUAGGAGAAAUGGCAGUUUUGUCCGAGCUGUUUGUGAAUGGGUGUGGUUUUUUUAACUGUUAAAGCUUGUGCAAACUCACCUCCAUCUUGCUUAUUCUGCUGGCAGCUACAUCUUCAGAGUAAUUGGUGGGGGACCAUUUUCGAUAGAAAACAUCAGAUACUUCAGUGAGGAAGAAAUCUUUAACUACAACACAAUGAAUGGCAGGUGACUACAUUUUUUCAGACUCCCACAGUGCCUAGCAUUGUGACCUUAGCUGUUUAGUAUCUAUGUCUUAUUCAAAUGCAACAUUUUUAGUCAGUUUAAAAGACCCCCAUUUGGGACCAGUCUUUCCAAGUCUGCGCACCAGGGCAUGUGAACAUGCCCACGUAAGAAAAGUGCUGGUUUGCCAUAUGAGAGUGAGAGAGCACAAUUAAAUAAUCACAGGCUCCUGUGGUCCCCCAACUGCCUAUGCACAGAGGAGGCUGAUCCUCCAGCCGGUUCACUCCUUCCAGAUGAUUAAGGUGAAGCAAUACCUCAGCAGUGCUAAAUGGCCCUACUGCAGAAGCAGCCAAUGGCUGCCUUCUCAGAAUCGUGGACAGAGGAAACUGUCUCAUACUGCAACAGACCAUUGGAUUAUUCAGUCCAGGGACUGGGGACUUGCUGAAUUCUGACGACAUCUGGAGGGCCACAGGUUCCCCAUGCUCUAUAGAGCCCACUAUUGCCAGUGCACUCUGACUGGCAGUGUCUCCACAGUGUCUAAGAAAGGGGGAAUCUUUCCUGGUCCUUUUUCCUGUAACCAUUUAACUGGAGAUAUCAGUGCUCAGACCUGGACCCUUUUGAAUAUGAGGCAUGUGCUCUGCCUACUGAUCUGUGGUCCCUUGGGUUGUGGCUUACAAACAGCCACUUGUCUGGUCUGUGAUGAGAAUUGCCUCCACUCUGGGGGAUAGAGCAGAGAAAUAGCUGUGAGCUGCAGUGCUUUUUUUUCUUUAAAAAAAUGUUUAGGGGUACUCUCAUUUUGACUCAAGAAAAUCACCAUUUUAUUGUUCAAAAUGCGAAAAAUAAAUACAGCAAAUAGACAAAAGUACAAAGAUUCACAAAAUGUGUAGGGGUAUGCAUACCCCAGCGUUCCUCCAGAAAAAAAGCACUGGUGAGUUGUAAGAGAUUUGAUUCCCCCCCUUCUAUUUUGAAGCUGAUAAUGAGCCAUAGCUGAUGAACAUAGGAAUGUAAAAGCUGGCAAGGGUGGGUGGGUAACAACGGGCUGUUAAGGAUGUGAGUGGCCUGGUAACCACUUUAGGCUUCCUUGCAAAACUUAGCUGUCUUAAUUCAUGGUUGAUUUCAUAUUCUCUUUCCAGUGGAACAUCAAGUCUGAUCUGGCUUAGGGCUGAAAUGCACGAAGAUAAAGUUGAUUCUGAAGGUUUCCAUAUCCUCUCUCAAGCUGAGUCUGGGAUUUUGUAAGGAAACAUUUGCUGCAUCUUUGGGUGUGGGUGUCAGUUUCUGAUCUAAAACCUCCCAAAUUCUUCUUCCCAAAUGAAAUGUUUUAUUUGGUCAGCAAUAAAACAUAAAAGAGCCAUGUUGAAUCAGGUCAAAGACCUGUCUAGUCCAGCUUCAGAUUGUCAUGGGGCCAACCAAGUGCUCUUGGAAGCAUUCAAGAAGCGUUAGGGUUGCGGCCAUUUUCCCACUUGUGCUUUCCAGCAGCUGGCAUUCAGAGACACAUUUGUCUCCAAUGGCGGACAUAUAACAUAGCUAUUGUGGCUAGUAGCCACUGAAUUUGCCCAAUUCCCUUUUAAAACCAUCUAAGUUAGUGGACAUCAAUACAUCGGGUGGGAACAAGUUUAACCCUGUGCUGUGUGAAGAAGGCCUUUCUUCUGCCUGUCCUGAAUCUUCUAACAUUCAGUUUCCUUGGAUGUCCACAGGUUCUAGUCGAAACAAAAGAAAAAAUUUCCUUCCAGUAGCACCUUAGAGAAAAACUAAAUUUGUUAUUGGUAUGAGCUUUCGUGUGCAUGCACACUUCUUCAGAUACACACGAAAGCACAUCCCAAUAACAAACUUAGUUGUUCUCUAAGGUGCUACUGGAAGGAUUUUUAUUAUUAUUUUGUUUUGACUAUGGCAGACCAACACAGAUACCUACCUGUCACAAGUUCUAGUGUUAUGAGGGAGAAAAACUCCUCUCUGUCCACUUUCUCCAAGCCAUGCCCAACUUCAUGUCCCUCUUAUCAAGUCCCUGCCUCUUACUUGCCCUUUUCCCAAUUUAAAAAGGCUUAAAAGUUGUAAACUUUCCUCACGGGGAAAUUGUUCCAACCCCUAAAUCAUUUUGGUUAUCCUCCUCUAAAAAUGUUACAGCUCUACUAGUAUCCUUUUUGAGGACAUGUGCUUUAUUUCCCUUCUGUUUCUCUCUUCUUUGGGUCACCUGCCAUCUGUCAAAAAGUAAAGGCAAAGGACCUCUGGACAGUUAAGUCCAGUCAAAGGUGACUAUGGGGUUGUGGCGCUCAUCUCCACUUUCAGGCCGAGGGAGCCGGCGUUUGUCCACAGACAGCUUUCCGGGUCAUGUGUCCAGCAUGACUAAACCGCUUUAUUGUCCCCAGCUAGGGACAUGAAUUGAAACAGCCUACCAUGUAAGACAUCAUAAGGCAAAAUCCCUUUCCUCCCACAGGUGGGUUUGCCAGACGAAUUCUCCAUGCUAUGAUAUUGUCCCCCAGGGUCUGGCUGCUCCUGAUUAUUUCUUUGUGGUGGAAGUAUCAAACAGGUAGGUUUGAGUUUUUAAAAUGUGUUUGGUUCAUUUUAAAAAGAAUUAAAUUAAUUUACAAUUGAACUGAAUUAUACUGAUAAGCUACCUUUCAGCCAUAAGAACUCCUGAGCACAAGUUAAAACAAUUCACAAUCAAAAGGUGGUGUUCAACUUGAGUUUUACGCAGACUGGACUCAUUGAAAUUAAUGGCCUUACUUAGUCAUGGGUCGUGGGAGAAAGUACCACUCUGAAAGCAUGGAGAAGAAACAUGGUUUGGAAGGUACUAGGAGAUGAAUGGUGUGAGAAACCAAGAAGAGCCUAUGUAAAGAUCUAAGCAGAGAGCUGUAAACAGCAAUUGACCAAGCUAAGCAGGCCUGCUCAGACCAGUAGUCAACUGACGUCCUGCCUCUUUUGCUUCCAUAGGGGUGUCGACGAAUCCACCUACUGUGAUUAUGCCUUGGAGUUCAUUAUCCAUGUCCAUGGCUUGCGCCUCAGCCCCACCCGGGCCAUCUUUCUCUUGAAGGUAACAGCCGCCGUGCCUUGAGCAUCUUCAUUCUUUCUGUAUGGAGGCUUUGCUUGAUGACCAAAAGGACAUCAGGGUCGACACCAUGCAAGUCUCCCUGUAGAGGGCACAUAUGGAGUGCCACACUUGAAAAAGCCCCCCCCCCAGCCAUCUAGUCAUGGCAGACCCCCUAUACUUCAGGGGGGCUCUGGUGAUGGCCAGCUUCAUGUGGAAUAAAGUGGCCCUAUCUAUACCCAAGUUCAAAGACCUUCAAAGUCCCGCCAGGACCACAUAACACCGGUUCUGAGAGAUCUGCAUUGGCUCCCAGUACGUUUCCGAGCGCGAUUCAAAGUGUUGGUGCUGACCUUUAAAGCCCUAAACGGCCUCGGUCCUGUAUACCUGAAGGAGCGUCUCCACCCCCAUCGUUCUGCCCGGACACUGAGAUCCAGCACCGAGGGCCUCCUGGCAGUUCCCUCAUUGCGAGAAGUGAGGCUACAGGGAACCAGACAGAGGGCCUUCUCGGUAGUGGCGCCCACCCUGUGGAACGCCCUCCCAUCAGAUGUCAAAGAGAUAAACAUCUACCUGACAUUCAGAAGACAUCUUAAGGCAGCCGUUUUCAGGGAAGUUUUUAAUAUGUAACGCUGUACUGUUUUCAACACUUGAUUGGGAGCUGCCCAGAGUGGCUGGGGAAACUCAGCCAGAUGGGCGGGGUAUAAAUAAUAAAUUAUUAUUAUUAUUACUUCAGGCUAUAAAGAUGAGAACCAGCUGUGCUUGUAGCAUAGCACUGUAGAAGACUGAAUGAAGGCAGUAUGCCUCUGAAAACCAGUUGCUGGGAAUCACAAAUGGGGCAAAUCCUAUUGUCUUGCCUGGGGGCUUCUCACUGCCAUCUGUUUGGCCAAAGUGAGUAUAGAAUUGUUCUUCUCACAAUGGCCAACCAGAUCUCCCUGGGAAGCCCGCAAGCAAGCAUGAGAGUUGCCUCCCCACGUGGGAUUCAAAGCAAAUGGUGUUCAGUGGCUGGUUGCCUCCAACAGUGGAGGUAGAAGGUAGCCGCCGUGGCCAGUACCCACUGACAGCCUUAUCCUGCAUAAAUUUCCCUACCCUGUUUUAAAGUUGGCGGCCAUCAGUAUGUCUUGUGCGAGUGAAUUCUGCCGUGGGAACAAAUGCCAUCGUUCUUACCACGCUUUGUGCCGUUUAGGAAAAGGGAAGCAGCAUGGCAGGGAGUGAGAAUAGCUGGCCGAACCCAAACAGAAACAAUCGUUCUAGGAGGGAGGAUACGCUGCAACACCCUUGUUGCUGAUCCCAUUGGUUUUAUCUUUUGCCAGCCUGAAUCCGCAGAAGGGAAUGAACAUUUGUGUGCAGUCCCACCUUCCUUUCUUGCUCCCUCUCCUAGCAAUUUUUGAGGUUUCUGUUCACAUACAGGUAUUGCUAACAAUUAGGAAUUAACAACCACCUUCUCUCUUCCCCCCUCUCCGCUCCAAGGUUACAAUAGCCAUCAUCCUUGGCUUGCUUCUUCUAUACAUAGUGGUUUACAUCACGGGCCCCUUGGUCAAGGCCUUAUUCAACAAAACAUUCCGGAGAUUGGAGGAAGCUUUAGCUAUGCGGAUAGGUGAGUUGGCAACAAGCAGGGGCACCAAGGAGGACAAAACCUCCUUGAGACUUCUGUUAGGGAACCAUCUGGCAGGGGAAAUCUGAUCUCUUAGCAGGAGGGCCAAAUUUGGUUUGCCUUAUGGACUUAGGUCUGCCAGUCUCAUCAACAUGGGAAGAUGUCAUUUGUAUUUUGAGGAGGCAGGGAUAUGGCUAAUCCUAACUCACCAAGAGUGGAGAGGAGAGGAGGCUGAUGGAACACAUCAAGAAAGGUGUUUGAAAAGGGGUGAGGGGCUGCUGGCUCUGCAGGCGAGGGGUGACAUACCUGGGCUUCAGAGCGUGUUUCUCCACAGGGUUGCUGCAGAAAGAAUGUAGUUGGUCAAGGGAGCUGUGGACUCAAAAAGGUUGAGAACCUCUGCCCUAAACUGUUGGAAUGGUUUAAAAGGGCAUAUUCAGUGUAGGAGAGGCUGGGCCAGUGCAAACAGGAAUGAAGUAGAAAGAGUGAACAAUCUCCUGUCAGUUGUGGAUUUUUGAGAGACCCUCAUGGGAGCCAUUGGUGACCCUUGGCCUAUGGUCACCUAAUGAUUUAGCUCAACUGUACCAGGGCAGGCAGGCACACUUUCACAGAUGCUGUACCAGGCCUGCCUCCCUCUUUUUUUGCUUUGCUAGUCCAAAAACUGGGACUAAGCAUGCUCCAUGGAACCAGCUUAACAGUCAAUGUAUUGAGCCUCUCAGCUUCUUGUGAAUUACAUCUUCAGCUAUUUCUGGAACCAUUUGAAUCUCUCUCUCUCUCUCUCUCUCUCUCUCUCUCUCUCUCUCUGCUGCCAGAAUCCAGCCUCACCUUCUCAUCUUCAUUCACCAGUCAAGCAUCCCUGCAGCACUUGGCCUCUGAACUCAGCGGGAUCAGUUCACCACAAUCCCAAUCCACGAAAGGGCCUCCCCAGUCAAAAACGCGCUAAUGUCAGCUACAGCUUCCAGGCCCUUUCUGCCAUUAGCCAUGCACUGUGUCUGGGUGCACCAUCCCUCUGCGAUUCUCCUUCCUCUGAUGAGCUUGCAAAGGGCUCCUCUUUGCUUGCAGUGUCCUGACAUGGAGCAAACAACAGCCACCUUGGACAUAACAACUGAAUGACAUCUGAAUCACAAAGCUUUAAAAAAACCACAAAACACGAUGGUCUGUGAGCAAGUUGUUCAGUUGGCCCAUUUGCAAGAUGCAUGGGAACCAUUCCAGAAAUCUGUGUCAGUAAAACCACUAAGACCAGUUGGUGGGAGAUAUCCAGAGACUACCCAGGUUCAACUAUAUCACCCUAGGCAGCACCUUUUUGCUAUUCCUCAAACCCCUUUAGUCAUCUCAGGUCAAUAUGUAAUGUAUUCCAUUGCCCUGAUGCUUUCUCAGCUGCUGUGUAUCAUCCUGACACUAGAAAGCAGCUGCAGAAUUAAACCCGACAGGCCAACUUAACUAAAAAACCUGAUUGAUCCACCUUACACAUGACAAGUGCCUGAUCCUGUACAUGAAACUCCAGGCCUGUUUUCAGCUUAACAUCUGCCUGUGUAGAGGCAGUUUGUGAAUGAAUGGAAAGCCAUUGCACCUUUCCCCAGUCAUUUGUUUAAAAAGGAGGCAGAUAAUCCUUUUUACCAAUUUUCUUAUCUGUCCACUUAAUGUUGUUGUUAGUUUUUGAUGGUCAUUCCAAGGCGUUACAUGGUUCAUUAAACAUUUGGUUGCUGUGCA